CCUCAGUGAAUAGCAUUGCGCUUCUCCAGAGGGUACAGAUUGCAUCAGACUGCUCGGAGUCCUGACUUAUUUCAAUCCUGAGUCGGUUCUGUUUUUCUCAGGGCGGUGAGGAGGAGAGGCGCCAGGUCUUCCUGCUGCCAUGGGGGCACAGGAUCGGCCUCAGUGCUUCUUCGACAUAGAAGUCAAUCGAGAGCCAGUUGGCCGCAUCAUAUUUCAACUUUUCUCCGAUGUAUGUCCAAGGACUUGCAAAAACUUCCUUUGCCUAUGUACAGGUGAAAAAGGAAUUGGGAAAACAACUGGGAAAAAACUUUGUUACGAAGGCUCUACAUUCCACCGCGUGGUUAAAAAUUUCAUGAUUCAAGGUGGAGACUUCAGUGAAGGUAAUGGGAAAGGUGGUGAAUCUAUUUAUGGUGGAUAUUUUAAAGAUGAAAACUUUAUUCUGAAACACGACAGAGCCUUCCUUUUGUCAAUGGCAAACAGAGGGAAACAUACAAAUGGUUCCCAGUUUUUCAUAACUACAAAGCCUGCUCCUCAUCUCGACAACGUACACGUUGUCUUCGGACUAGUUAUUUCUGGCUUUGAAGUCAUUGAGCAAAUUGAAAACCUGAAAACCGACGCUGCCAGCAGGCCGUACGCGGACGUGCGGGUCAUUAACUGUGGGGUGCUGGUCACUAAAUCGGCAAAGAACGCGAUAGAGAAGAAGAGGAAGGCGUCUCCCCACUCCGAAGCUUCAGAUACUUCCACCAGCAGCUCGUCUACUUCGUCUGACUCCUCGUCUGCCAGCGACUCCGAAGAUGAGAGAAGCAGGAAGAGGAAGCGCAAGAGGAGAACCAAAACAAAGCAGUCGAGGAAACGAAGAAGGGAGGAGAGAAAGAAAGACGAGCCCAAGAGCAGCAAACGGGCCUCAGGCCAAAGGAGCCAUUCUGACAAAACGGAAACGAAUGAAAAAUCGGGGGACCUGAAUGCAAAAAGGGACAAGCCAGUUGUCCGUCCAGAAGAAAUUCCUCCGGUGCCUGAAAACCGGUUUUUGCUGAGAAGAGAUGUACCGGUUGUAACUACAGAGCCCGAGCAGAAGCCCGCUGAUGCAGCGCCACCUUUGACCGACCAGAAGCCCUCGGUGUCAAAAUCUGGAAGGAAAAUCAGAGGAAGAGGCACAAUACGAUACCAUACGCCGCCUCAUUCUCGCUCGUGUUCAGAAUCCGACAAUGAGGAAAGCAGUGAAACUCCCCCCCACUGGAAAGAAGAAAUGCAGAGGCUGCGAGCAUACAGGCCACCAAGUGGAGAGAAGUGGAGCAAAGGGGACAAGUUGAGCGACCCAGGAAAGUGGGACGAAAGAAGUCUCUCGCAGCGCUCAAGGUCUUGGUCCCAUAAUGGAUUUUCAAGUCUAAGUACAAAAUACAUCAGUCACCGCAAAAAACACCGGCGAGAGAAAAAGGCAAAGCACAAAAAGAAGGCCAAAAAGCAAAAGCAUUUGAAGAAACAUAAGCAAAUUAAGAAAAAGAGAGUCUCCCCUUCCACAGAGGCCGAUUCUUCUCCUUCGUCUACCAGAAGGACAAAAUCCCAAGUGUUCAACGAGAGGGCAUCUCGCUCUUCCUCGCUCUCGUCCAGGGACUCCUCUUCUAGAAAGGACUGGUCUAAAUCCAACAGAGGUGACCAGAGCUCAGUGUCUCUGUCAAGCAGAGGCUCACACUCCUACUGCCGGUCCAGGUCGAGAUCCAGGUCGAGAUCUUACUCCCGAAGAAGCUCUAGGUCACGAGUUGCUUUGAAGUCUUCUCGCUCCCGGAGCAGGUCGCGGUCUAGCUCUAACUCCAGACACCCGAGGACUGUAUCCAGUUCUCCCAAAAAUGCCACUGCGCAUCUGAACGAGCACAAGGCCGUUAAAGCCGAACCCACGAGAGCAGCGUUGCCGCAGGCCGAGAAAGUCGUGAUACAGCCCUUCGUCGCCGAAAGCAUUCCAGUGAUCCCUCUCAGCGACAGCCCCCCUCCUUCUAGAUGGAAGCCUGGGCAGAAGCCGUGGAAACCAUCCUACGAGCGGAUUCAGGAGAUGAAAGCAAAAGCCACCCAUUUAAUACCCGCUCAGACGACUUACAGCUUAGCCAGCAUCAAAGAGGCCGGCUCAUCCUCUUCGUACCGCAAGCGGCGAGAGACGUCGGAUAGCGAUCGGAGCGGCUAUUCCAAAAACCGAAGCGACAGAAGUUCCGGAAGCCGGCGCAGGUCAAGAAGCAGGACAUCUCGGAGCAGAUCUUACUCAAAGUCUUACUCCCGCUCGAGGAGCCCGUCCAGUUCAAGGUCGAGGUCUCGAUCCACAGGUCGAUCCCGUUCGGCGAAUAAGUUCCCCAGCGAUCAGUCGUUCUACAGCGGGUCGUCGUCUUAUUUUUCCCUAAGCGACGACGACCAGCCGAAGAGCAAAAAGAGGUCUGAAUCCAGAGAGAGGAGUGUGCCGUUGUCAAAGAAAAGGCAAAGCAGUUCCGAAAGCACUCUCCCGUAUGCGAAAGAAGCAGCUUCUCAAAAGCUCAGGCCGAGCGCAAGCAGGUCCUCUUUGGACUUUUCCACCGAUAGCGAGCAAGCCGCUAAACAGCCGCCGGUCUUAGAGAAAGGGCAUCCGCUGCCUGAAAAAGUUAACCAGAAGCAAAACAAAAACGGGUGUGUCGGUGACAGGCAAGAGGAGAGGUCUCGGUCCGAGUUGGACAGUGAAAGUUCGAAAAGGAGAGUUCUGAAGGACAAAUCCGAGUCGCCAAGAACUGGUCGGAAGGCAAAAAGGAAGACGCAGUCUGGCAGCAAGUGGGACUCUGGAUCAAAUUCGGAAAGAGGCGGGGACAAAAACGAUAAAGACGGCUCGAGAUUAUCUUCCGGCAAGGAGGAAGGCGAAGCUUCGUCAGACUCCGACUCCGAAGUCAUCCUUCCCAGUCUUAAGAUGAAAAUAGAUGCCUCCUCAGGGACUCUGAAGCCAGGUAAGCGGCAGUCGUCCCCUUCUGACUCAGGAAGCUCCCUUUCCAAUGUGGGCGUUCGGGGGAAACUGAGAAAGCAAAAGCGGGGGUCCAAGAAAAGCCUAAAAAAGGCACAUUCCAAGAAAGCGAAGGAGAAAUCCAAGGGGAAGAAAGAGAAGAAGCAUAAAGCCCAAAAGCAGAAGGAAACGUUUCAUUGGCAGCCUCCCCUGGAGUUUGGGGAGGAGGAGGAGGAAGAGGACGAGAAAGCCACCGUCAAGAAGAAUCGGGACCAAGCGUCUGAGAAUAGCGAAGCGAUAAAAGAACGACCCAGGGAUGAUGAAAAGCCCGGUGAAGAGAAAACGCCUGCUGAUGAAGCUGCAGCUGGGAAAUCACCAGCUCGUGACAAACGUAGUAAAGAUAACGAGGAACCGUCGACUUCUGCUCCUUCGCUAACACCAAUUAAAAACGUGGAUGUUUCAGGAACUCCCACGGGCUCCAAAGCGAGCAGUGAAAACGAGGCGGAUGUUACUCAGAUAGAUGACAUGGAGAUCUGUACCCCGGACCACAACUCACCGGUGAAGGUGGAUCUAGAUCUCUCGCCGGUCAGUUUGAAGGUAAACCUCCCAGCUGGGAAAGUGAAGAAGAACUCCGGUGUACCAAAUAACCCCGAAGGAGAGACUGCAAUAGAAGGACUCAGUGGGAAGGAAGCGGUAAGUGUCAAAGAGGAGAGAAACAAAGACGAACAGAAGCGGAGCCCUGCGGUGGCAACGGUGGUCGUUGAAAAUGUGCUGAAAAUAGAAGUGGUGGAAAACGCCCAGGGCAGCGUGGUGGAUAAUAAAUGGAAGCCGCUGCAAGGUAUAGGAAACCUGCAGGCGACAGCUGCCUCAGCCAAUCCAGCAGAAGCCAAAAACACUGCCUCCUCGUCGGAAUCGAAGCCUCCGGGGUUAAGGAUAGAAAUCAAAAGCAAAAACAAAAUCAGGCCAGGCUCUCUCUUUGACGAAGUCAGAAAGACGGCGCGGCUCAAUCGGAGGCCGCGGAACUGCGAGAGCUCCAGCGAAGAGGAUUCCCCCGCCCGAGAGAACAGCCAGUCCAGAAGCCGCAGCCGGUCACGGAGCAAAUCGGACCUGAAAUCCAGGCACAGAACCAGAUCCCUUUCGUACAGCCACUCGAGCCGAUCGAGGAGUUCCACUGACUCUUACAGGUCGAGGAGCUACUCACGAAGCCGGAGCAGAGGGUGGUACAGCAGAGGCCGGUCGAGGAGUCGAAGUAGUUCCUAUCACAGCUACAGGAGUCACAGUCGUUCCUACAGUAGAAGUCGGUCCCGAAGCAGUUCUUACAAUCACCGCAGUCGAUCCAGGUCCUACACCUACGACAGUUACAGCAGGAGUCGCAGUCGAAGUAGAAGCAAGAGGAGCGACAGCUAUCACAGGUCCCGCAGUUACGAUAGACGGUCCAGGUCCUACGGUUCCUACAGCGAAAGUGACCGCAGCUACUCUAACUGCCGAAGCCCGAGCGAAAGCAGCCGAUACAGCUGAAAGCGGACUCCUGGAAAAUGCGGAUUGUUUAGAGUUUUUCUUUUUUUUUUUUAAAUGCUGAUAUCGUGUAAAGCAUUCUCGCUCACCCCGUGCUCAGGGUAAAAACGAUGGAUGCCUGAUGACAUGCAGCCUUAACUUUGAGCACAGUUUCCCCCCCCCCCCCCUUUACGCUGUCUUCCUCUUCCUGGAUUUGGACCUCUGGGUGAGGAGGCUGCGUCUUGAUGUGGAUUGGCUGGCUUUGCGAAUCGAGAAGAGAUGUCAGCUGUAUCAAAAUAAUCUCUUGGGGGACAGCAGGCGAUUCCCUGGCCUGUUCUUAAAAAUAUGCCGGCAACUACGGAACUGUGAAGAAUGUGAUUAUUAAAAUGCUACCUUCUGUGUAGUCAAUUUAAAAGUUUCUCUUAAGCAUCGAUGCCUCAGACCUGAUAGGCAUCCCGGACUCUGAAUUGAGGCAGGUUCUCUGCCUUAGCCCUGCUCAUUUUCUUUCUGAUGGACCUUCUCACCGCAGAGGCAAUUCUGGCGUGAGCUUUCUCACGUGACGCAAAACGUCCCCCUUCAGUUCAGGGAGCUGCGCUCAUGACUGUUACUCGAACAGAUUGUCGUAUUUGUGCUCACCCAUCUUCGCCGCUUAUCAGUAUUCCCAAGGUGAUACUAGACGGUUCCUUUUCAGUUCGUUAUCACUAGAGGAAUGACACCAUGGUUACUGUUUGCAGCUGUUAAAAAAGAAAGACUUCGACACGGCUAGUCGUAACGCCUGCCCCCACGCGGCUGCCGCUGCAGCAAGGACCUUCUUCGCAAAACUCGCUGAAAUAACUUGAACCGGAGGAGCUGCCGUUGGACUUUGCUGCCACCCUCUGGUUUGAAGUUGCCAUCUGAUGGAAACGGGCUAGUCACUAAGAUCGUAUCCAGUAGCUGCGAAGGUAGACGUAGGAGUUCGUUUUCGGUGUUCCUUACCGAAAGGAGAUGCUGCGCUCGUAGCUGUAAAUUGAUUUAGAAAAAUCAUUUUCAAGCUGGAGGCGCUGGAUUCUCCCCCCCACCCGCAACCGUGUUCUGAUUCAGAAUCUCAGACGUUGUAAACGUUUCAUACCGAAUAAUCACUUGGGGUGAGGGGUUUGAAAAUUUUUUAGCCGGAAUAAGUUCUCAUUCGGCAGCAGAGGGAAAUGCUGCUCCUAACUCUAAGGGGCAUAACUGAGUUUAACGUUCUAUGAUUUUGAGAUGCUGUAAGUUUCUUCGGCGUUAAAAACGGAUACCUUUUGCCGAGCGCCGAAAGCUGUGCGUUUUUAAAUAGGUGAUUUCCUCCUCUUCGUUGCGGUUGCGAUACGAAUCAUUUAAGUAUUUGGAUAUUGCUCGUUAGGUGUUAAUCUUUUGAAAGACACCUCAGGGGAAGACUUCUUCCUCCACCGUUUGUCCCUGAUGCAUGAGGUUUAAGUCUAGCACGUGUGGAGUCCUGGCCUAGCAGAACGGAGGUUACUGCACAGCUAAUUGCUGCAGAUGAGGCCAUGUUGGGCACUUUAUCCAAAGUACGGGCUUGACCCUCUUUCAAAGGCAGUUCUGCCUUGGGGGGGUGGGAAAAAACACUCAGAUUUUGUAUUCAUUAUUUUGUAAGCAAUGAAUCUGUUUAAACUGCCAUAAAUUCUAGUGUGUGUUCAAUUCA